CAUUGUGACAUUUUACAAUAUUUGUACAUAUCUCUUUAUCUCACGAUGUCCUCAAACAAUAAGACGAUCAUUGCAUUCGAUUUGUACGGGACCUUACUUUCCACUGAGAGCAUUGCAACAGAGCUGGCGUCUCAUUUUGGAGAGGAGAAGGCUCGAUCUAUAGCAGCAUCAUGGCGCCGUUACCAGCUUGAAUAUACUUGGAGGAUGAAUAGCAUGUCAUUAUAUAAGCCUUUCUCAGACAUCACCCGUGCAUCACUCAAGCACGCAUUAGCUGAGUCAGGAGUCUCUCUCUCGGACUCAGAUAUCGAAAGCCUGAUGAAAGCAUACAACUCUCUCGGAACUUUCCCAGAUGUGGCGCCGGGUCUCGAAGGUCUCGCAUCAGAUCCCGACAUUGAUGCCUACGUCUUCUCCAAUGGAACUGACGCCAUGGUCAGCUCAUCCGUGGCGCUGUCGCCGUCGCUCUCACCGCACAGGGCGAACUUCAGAGGUCUCAUCACCGUUCAGGAAAUCCAAGUCUUCAAACCAGACCCAAGAGUGUACCAGCACCUCGCUAAGAAGGUAGGAAAGAGCACAAGCAAAGAAGACAUGGCUACCAUCUGGCUUGUGACUGGGAAUCCAUUCGACGUUGUUGGAGCCAGAGCAGCUGGAAUCCAGGCGGCGUGGGUGGAUCGAGCAAACGGGGGAUGGAAUGAUAGACUUGGAGAGUUGGCAAGUGGUGGGCCAACAAUCAUAGUGAAAGGAGUGGAUGAGGCAGUGGACGCUAUUCGAAAAUGGACGGCAGAGCAAUGAGCAUGGUGGGUAAGGUACCUAUGGACAGAAGUGCUGGGCAUAAAAACGAGAAUACCGCAAUAGUGUCAGGAUAGGAGCGCUUCUUUUUAUAAACUUUGUAUAAUUUGAUACGAGGUAUGGUGUACAUUUCCAGUGACAAUUGAGCG